AUGGCUUCGGAAACGUCGCUAGCUGCCAAGCUAGAUACAUUGGUCGCUGACGUCCUGGCUGACUGGAACAUAUACACGACUCUCAUCGCAGGGACUAUUGUCACCUUUCUUAUUUAUUCAUUUGCUACGUCCAAGGAGCCAGACAUUCACCCAUUUUUGCUGGCUCGUCAGUCAACAGCCUUCCCUGUCCGCCAGCCUGGCGAAUCCGCCGCCUACCGCAGUCUUGAGACCCCACACGGCUUCCCCCUUCGGUCCGGGCUGAACGUCAAGGACCCCGGAGCACCGAAAUGGACCGCUGGACGAAAAGGUGACUUGCGCGAUGUCUGGAAAACUGCCGUUCGAGGAGCUGCAGAGGACAACAAGUUAUCUGGAAAACAGGGAAAGAUCUAUACUGUCCUCGGAAGAAGGGCGAUAGAGCAUUCGUUGGAACAAGUAACGCAAGAGAUCAAUGUCAUUGGGUCUCGCCUGCAAUCCUCCAAGGCUAAAAUAGUUGCCGUCUGCCUUACAGACUCGGUUGAGCUUUUGGCCUCAAUAUUCGCUGGUGCUUUCUAUGGGUUCAAGAUCAUCCUUAUCCCUCACAACCUUGACCCCAAUGACCUAUCUACUCUCCUGCAGAAAUCCCAGGCAGAUGUAUUGAUUGCGGAGGCGGGCGCACUUGAUUUGUCUCUUGUGGCGAAGAGUAACGAGCAACUUUCUCAGGUCAUCUGGGUUGCGAAGCUCGGUAGUAGGCAUAUGGACUGGAAUGACGUGCCUGGUGAUGUCAAAGGUACUCUGGAGGUUGCUGUCUGGCACGAGAUAGUAGAAGAGAAGAAGGACUUGGCUGGGCUUGAUGUUCCCAGCUGGGAGCCGAACAGCCCCUCAUAUUCCCUUAGUACGGUUUGGCCAUCCGCCUCAGGAGCAGGCGAGUUCAUCGAGUAUCAGCCAGCGAAUUUGAUCUCCGCCAUCGCUGGAUUGACUUAUUCCUUGCCUCGUAAUGAGCGGUUCAGCCCUAGUGAUCUGGUGCUUUCGACUGAUUCCCUUUCUCGCUCCUAUCCGUUAUGUCAGGUAAUGGCCGCUCUGUACUCGAAUGCCUCCGUUGCAGUGAACUCUGUUGCUGGGGAAGGUGUCGACUUCGCUUUGGCUACCGUUGGAGUAUCUCCAACUGUGGUUAUUGCCUCAUCUCGCACAAUGUCCGAUUACCAUAACAGGUUCAUGGAACCACAUUCCGGUAUCGUCUCUUCCCUGGCUCGUUGGUUCGAUGUGAGGAAAUUAGAUGCUGGAGUCAUGCCCUCUCAUGGCAUGUUCAGUCAGGUUGCCAAUAUUGGACCGAUGGCCGAGCUCUCACUCGACAAGCUUCGCCUCUUAUGUAUCUCGCACCGUGCGGACGCCGACCCCAAGGUUCGCCUUACCUCCGGACAGUUAACGGAUUUGAAGAUCUUUACUGGGGCUCGUGUGGUCUACGCCUUGACUGGUCCAGGCGUCGCCGGCGCUGUCUCUCAGACGAAUGUAUUUGACUAUAGGCGCUAUCAGGGCCAAAGUCACUUCGGAGCUCCUUUAAGUAGCGUUGAAGUUGUUCUUACCGGUGUCUCGGAAGACAAGGAAAAUGAGGGACAGAUUACUGUUUCUGGCCCUGCCGUUGUCUCUGGGAAAACCACGCUAGCGGUGCAAGGCCGUAUCCGUGACGACAACACAUUAGAGUUGUGCUAA